GCUCGCUUCUUGUUCCAGCAACAACUGUAUUCGAGCCAUAACAAUCGCCCGAAUUCAAUCGCUUUGGCGAAAGAUACCGAUUUUAAAAGGGGGCAUCGUGCGUGGAAUCGGGCUAUGUGACCCCCCAAGUGAAGCAUAUUUACCAGAAGGCACGAUUCUGGAGAUGGUACUGAUAACUUUAUAUUCAUGGAGGAUAACAAGGUGAGCCUCCCUCUCUUCCUACCGGACAGAUUCGAUGAAAAUGGGCGAUUAUGUACAGAACAGGGGUUAGCUUUUACCCCCCAAAAAAACUAAACACGGAAUGCUUCAGCAAGACGGUUGAAAAGGAGCAACACAUUUCCAAGUACUCGGCGAUGACAUGUUUCGCCUCGUCCUGUGUGUGUUUGGCUAGCUAGCUAGCAACAGCCAACCACUUACAGACAACUAACACCCGAUUGAGAAGGGAUCGAUUGCCUUUUGGCUAACGUUAGCUGGCAAGCUAGCUCGCUUUUGUCCGUUUUAUUAUUUGGUAGCUAACGUAAACAUUACUGCUUCUUCUUUAAAUCCAUCUAUUGCGCAAGCCUCGGCACAGUUGCCGUCACCAGAAGCCAGCCGUUGCCUGAGGUGGAGGACAGCUAGCUUGGCUAACUGUUAUCAGCAUCUGUAGCGCUAGCUAGCUGCUGCCGUACCGAUGCGAUGAGCGUCUUGCAAGGGGGAAUCUGCGGAGCGCUAUUCUGACUCACUCCCGACACCUGGACCGCUCGUUUAUUUUUUUUAUGUUUUGGGGGGGACACGGAGCACACUACCCUGGAUCGUUUUUUUUCGACGAGCUUCUCGCUCAUCCAUGCCUCAUUGUUUGAUGUAAGGGACGAAGGAGUAAAAGACGGCGAGCAUUGCUUCCCAGAAUAGCAGCCAGCCAUGCAAGCGCCGCCGCUCCAGUACGACUUCUACAGCGAGGAAAACGCAUCGAAAUGGCGGGGACUGCUGGUGCAUUCUCUGAACAAGGUGCUGAGCCAGGUUCACCCCCAGCUGUCGUCGAAGGAGGACGCCCUGCAGCACAUCGAGGAGCUGAUCCUGCUCCUACUGAGCAUGCUCUGCCAGGCCCAGCCCCGCACCGUGCAGGACGUGGAGGAGCGCGUGCAGAAGAGCUUCCCCCACCCCAUUGAUAAGUGGGCGAUCGCGGACGCACAGGCCGCCAUUGAGAAGAGGAAACGGCGAAACCCGCUCGCCCUCCCGGUGGACAAGAUCCACCCGCUGCUCAAGGAGGUGCUGGGGUAUAAGAUCGACCACCAGGUGUCUGUGUACAUCGUGGCCGUGCUGGAGUACAUCUCCGCCGACAUCCUGAAGCUGGCGGGAAACUACGUGCGGAACAUCCGCCAUUACGAGAUCUCACAGCAGGACAUCAAGGUCGCCAUGUGUGCCGACAAGGUGCUGAUGGACAUGUUCCACCAGGACGAGGAGGACCUGAGCGGGUUCCCCCUGAUGGACGAGGAGCCCUCGGUGUCCGGGGAGCAGACGUACUACGACCUGGUGAAGACCUUCAUGGCCGAGGUCAGGCAGUACCUGCGCGACCUCAACCUCAUCAUCAAGGUGUUCCGGGAGCCCUUCGCCUCCAACGCCAAGCUCUUCUCCCACCACGACGUGGAGAACAUCUUCAGCCGCAUCGUGGACGUGCACGAGCUGACGGUGAAGCUGCAGGGUCUGAUCGAGGACACGGUGGAGAUGACGGACGAGGGGAGCCCCCACCCGCUGGUGGGGAGCUGCUUCGAGGACCUGGCCGAGGAGCUGGCCUUCGAUCCGUACGAGUCCUACGCCCAGGACAUCUUGAGGACCGGGUUCCAUGACCACUUCCUGAGCCAGCUGUCCAAGCCUGGGGCUGCCCUCUACCUGCAGUCCAUAGGCGAAGGAUUUAAAGAGGCGGUCCAGUACGUCCUGCCCCGGCUUCUCCUCACGCCCGUUUACCACUGUCUGCACUACUUUGAGAUCUUAAAGCAACUGGAGGAGAAGAGCCAGGAGGAGGAGGACAAGGAGUGUCUGAAGCAGGCCAUCACGGCACUGCUCAACCUGCAGUCCAGCAUGGAGAGGAUCUGCUCCAAGAGCCUGGCCAAGAGGAGGCUGAGCGAGUCGGCCUGCCGCUUCUACAGCCAGCAGAUGAAGGGCAAGCACCUGGCCAUCAAGAAGAUGAGCGAGAUCCAGAAGAACAUCGACGGCUGGGAGGGCAAGGACAUCGGCCAGUGCUGCAACGAGUUCAUCAUGGAGGGCACGCUGACGCGCGUGGGCGCCAAGCACGAGCGGCACAUCUUCCUGUUCGACGGGCUGAUGGUCUGCUGCAAGUCCAACCACGGCCAGCCGCGGCUGCCGGGCGCCAGCGCCGCCGAGUACCGCCUGAAGGAGAAGUUCCUGAUGCGCAAGGUGCAGAUCAACGACAAGGACGACAAGAGGGGCGAGUACCGGCACGCCUUCGAGAUCAUCCUGAAGGACGGCAACAGCGUGGUGUUCGCCGCCAAGUCGGCGGAGGAGAAGAGCAGCUGGAUGGCGGCCCUGAUCUCGCUGCAGUACCGCUCCACGCUGGAGCGCAUGCUGGACCUCACCAUGCUGCAGGAGGAGAAGGACGAGCACGUGCGCCUGCCCGGCGCCGAGGUGUACCGCUUCGCCCAGCCCGACUCCGAGGAGAACGUGGUGUUCGAGGAGAACGUGCAGUCCAAGUCCGGCAUCCCCAUCAUCAAGGCCGGCACCGUGCUCAAGCUCAUCGAGAGGCUCACCUACCACAUGUAUGCAGAUCCAAACUUUGUGAGGACGUUUCUGACCACAUACCGCUCCUUCUGCAAGCCUCAGGAGCUACUGGGGCUCUUAAUGGAGAGGUUUGAGAUUCCCGAGCCCAAGCCCACGGAGGCGGAUCAGAUGGCUCUGGAGAACGGGGACCAGCCUCUGAGCGCUGAGCUCAAACGCUUCCGCAAGGAGUACGUGCAGCCGGUCCAGCUCAGGGUCCUGAACGUGUGCCGGCACUGGGUGGAGCACCACUUCUACGACUUCGAGCGGGACGCCGAGCUGCUGAGGAGGCUGGAGGAGUUCAUCGGCAUGGUCCGAGGUAAAGCCAUGAGGAAGUGGGUGGAGUCGAUCACGAAGAUCAUUCUGAGGAAGAAGCAGGUGCAGGCGAACGGGCCGAGUCACAACAUCACGUUCGGGAACCCCCCGCCCUCCAUCGAGUGGCACAUCAGCAAGCCGGGCCAGACCGAGCAGUUCGACCUCAUGACCCUGCACCCCAUCGAGAUCGCCCGCCAGCUCACGCUGCUGGAGUCUGACUUCUACAGGGCUGUCCAGCCGUCUGAGCUGGUGGGGAGCGUCUGGACCAAGGAGGACAAGGAGCUCAACUCCCCCAACCUCCUGCGCAUGAUCCGACACACCACCAACCUCACGCUCUGGUUCGAAAAGUGCAUCGUCGAGGCAGAGAAUCUGGAGGAGCGGGCGGCCGUGGUGGCGCGAAUCAUCGAGAUCCUGCAGGUCUUUCAGGAGCUCAACAACUUCAACGGCGUCCUGGAGGUGGUCAGCGCCAUGAACUCCUCACCCGUCUACCGGCUGGACCACACCUUUGAGCAAAUCCCCAGCCGCCAGCGGAAGAUUCUGGAAGAGGCCCAUGAGCUGAGUGAGGACCACUAUAAGAAGUAUCUGGCCAAACUCAGGUCCAUCAACCCACCCUGUGUGCCUUUCUUUGGAAUCUACCUGACGAACAUCCUGAAGACGGAGGAGGGGAACCCCGACUUCCUGAAGAGGCACGGCAAGGAGCUGAUCAACUUCAGCAAGCGCAGGAAAGUGGCCGAGAUCACCGGGGAGAUCCAGCAGUACCAGAACCAGCCGUACUGCCUGCGGGUCGAGAACGACAUUCAGAAGUUCUUUGAGAACUUGAAUCCCAUGGAGGAUAAGACGGAGAAGGAGUUUGCAGACUACCUGUUCAACAAGUCCCUGGAGAUCGAGCCCCGCAACGCCAGGUCUCUCCCUCGAUUCCCCAAGCGGUAUAACUGCCCGCUGAAGUCCCCCGGGGUGCGGCCCUCCACGGCGCGGCCGGGCACCAUGAGGCACCCGACGCCGCUGCAGAACGAGCCGCGCAAGAUCAGCUACAGCCGCAUCCCCGACAGCGAGACGGAGAGCACGGCGUCCGCGCCCAACUCGCCCCGCACGCCCCUCACGCCCCCGCCCGCCUCCGGGGCCUCCAGCUCCACCGACAUCUGCAGCGUGUUCGACUCGCCCCAGGCCCCCUCCAGCCCCUUCCACUCCAACAGUGACACCAUCUUUACUGCGGUCUCACUGCCCCGCGGCCCACGGUCCUCCUCCGUCUCCUCCAUGGUGAGUUUCAGCCGGAACGUGGAGGACGGCCCCAAACCUCCCCCCGUGCCCCCCCGCCGGCGCCCGGAGUCCGCCCCCGCAGAGUCCUCGCCGUCCAAGAUGAUGUCGAAGCGUUUGGACAGCCCCCCGGCGGUGCCCCCCCGGCAGCCCACCCCGGCGAAGGGCUACUCCCCGCGCUACUCCCUGUCGGAGGCGCCGGACAGCCCCCCCACGCUGCCGCCCCGGGAGCCGGUGCGGUCGCCCGACGUCUUCUUCAGCUCGCCCCUGCACCUGCAGCCACCCCCCCAGGGCCGGCGGGCCGAGCUGGCCCAGACCUUCUUCCCCUCCUCGCCCUUCAGCCCGCUGCCCCCGCAGACGCCCUCCCCGCUCGGCUUCCGCAAGCACCUGCCCUCCCCGCCCUCGCUGCCCGGCUCCGAGGGCGAGUCGCCCCCGCCGGGGGCCGCCGGGCCCCCCGUCCCGCCCCGACAGAGCACCUCCCAGACCAUCCCCAAACUGCCCCCCAAGACCUACAAAAGGGAGCCCCCGCACCCCUGCCUGCACCGCGAGGCGCCCCCCCUCCUGGAGAACGCCAACUCCUCCUAG